CGCCUGCGUGGAGUCGCGGUCAGGCGUGCUGUGGAGCCGGGAGGGUGCCGGACGCUGAGGAGAGACUGGCGCGCUGCAGGCUGGCCCGAGGCCAGGCGGCGGGCCUUCGCCAUGCCGGGGAUGGUGCUCUUCGGCCGGCGCUGGGCCAUCGCCAGCGACGACUUAGUCUUUCCGGGGUUCUUGGAGCUGUUCCUGCGAGUGCUGUGGUGGAUUGGCAUUCUGACUCUGUACGUCAUGUACAGAGGGAAGCUGGACUGUCCCGGCGGAGCCCUGCUCAGCAGUUACUUGACCGUCCUCCUUGUUCUCCUGGCAGUUAUUAUAUGCACGGUGUUGGCCAUCGUGUGUGUCAGCAUGAGAGGAACCAUUUGUAAUCCCGGACCACGGAAAUCUAUGGCUAAACUGCUUUACAUCCGCCUAGCUCUCUUUCUGCCAGAGAUGGUCUGGGCUUCUCUGGGGGCCUCCUGGAUAGCACACAGUGUUCACUGUGACAAGGCAGUUGUGAAUGGCAUCAUUGCAACCGUCAUUGUCAGUUGGAUUAUCAUCGUCUCCACUGUGGUUACCAUUGUCAUUGUCUUUGACCCCCUGGGGGGGAAAAUGGCUCCGUAUUCCUCUGCUGCUCCCAACCACCUGGACAGUCAAGAGUCGAGUCAGUUACUUAAUGGCCUCAAGACAGCAGCUACAAGCGUGUGGGAAACCAGAAUUAAGUUCUUGUGCUGUUGCAUUGGGAAAGACGACCACACUCGAGUUGCUUUUUCGAGUAUGGCAGAGCUUUUCUCAACCUACUUUUCAGACACAGACCUGGUGCCCAGUGACAUUGCGGCAGGCCUCACCCUUCUCCAUCAGCAGCAGGACAGUAUCAGGAAUAACCAGGAGCCUGAGGAGCGGAUCAGCCAUUCUCCAGGGUCCUCCCAGGAAGCUGAUUUGGAUGCAGAAUUAGAAAACUGCCAUCAUUAUAUGCAGUUUGCCGCAGCUGCCUAUGGGUGGCCUCUCUACAUUUACCGGAACCCGUUCACAGGGCUGUGCAGGAUUGGUGGCGACUGUUGCAGAAGCAGGACGGCCGACUAUGACUUGGUUGGAGGUGAUCAGCUCAACUGUCACUUUGGCUCCAUCCUGCAAACGACAGGGCUGCAGUACGGGGACUUUGUUCACAUAAGCUUCCAUGACAAGGUGUAUGAGCUUCCCUUUUUAGUGGCUCUGGAUCACAGGAAAGAAUCUGUCGUGGUGGCUGUGAGAGGGACCAUGUCUCUGCAGGACAUCCUUACGGACCUGUCAGCGGAGAGCGAGACCCUGGACUUAGAGUGUGAGGUGCAAGACUGUUCGGCACAUAAGGGGAUUUCUCAAGCUGCCAGAUACGUGUACCGACGACUCAUCAACGAUGGGAUUUUGAGCCAAGCUUUCAGCCUUGCUCCUGAAUACCGGCUUGUCAUCGUGGGUCACAGCCUGGGAGCAGGCGCUGCAGCCCUACUGUCCAUCAUGCUCAGAAAGUCCCACCCACAUGUCCGCUGCUACGCCUACUCCCCACCCAGGGGAUUGCUGAGCAAAUCUCUUUAUGAAUACUCUAAGAACUUCACUGUGUCACUUGUCCUGGGCAAGGAUGUGAUUCCCCGGUUAAGUGUGACCACCUUGGAAGAUUUGAAGAAGAGAAUCUUGCGAGUGAUUGCUCAUUGUAAUAAGCCCAAGUACAAGAUUCUGCUGUACGGAUGCUGGUAUGAGCUGUUUGGAGGGGACCCCGAUAACUUUCCGACAGAGCUGGAUGGGGGCGACCAGAGAGACCUGACACAGCCUCUUCUUGGGGAGCAGAGUCUGCUGACACACGGGUCCCCAGCAUACAGCUUCUCCAGUGACUCCCCGCUGGAGUCCCCCAGCAAGUACCCACCUCUCUACCCGCCUGGCAGGAUCAUCCACCUGGAGGAAGAGGGCACUUCAGGGAGGUUUUCCUGUUACACUGCUCAGUAUACUGCAAAGUGGUCACACGAGUCAGAAUUCAACAAAAUACUCAUCGGCCCAAAGAUGCUAACAGACCACAUGCCGGACAUCCUGAUGAGAGCCUUGGACAGUGUGGUGGCCGACAGGCCUGCCUGCGUGUCCUGUCAGGCCCAUGGGGGCGCUCACGUGGACAUGGUGUAACUAGAUUCCAGGACAGUGGGCUGGGACUCACACCGCUGUUCUUAACGUGACUUACCAUCCGAGUGAACCCCAUGACACUGGUGUGGCGUAGAACUCUGAAAGGCACUGAAUCUGAGUUUAAAUGAGUAAUCUGAGAAAUAAUUUUGAUCAUAGUAUUAUCAGAAUCAGGAGGCAGGAGAGCACUGAGGUGAUGGGAUGAAUGAAUGUGCGAAGUGUCAGCAAUGCUCCUUCCCCAGUGGCCUGCUGAUUCCUCGGCUUCUGAGAACUGCCCAGGAAAGGGGGCCCAGCAGCCAGGGUUACAGCCCUCCUGGAUCUGUAGACUCCCACCCCUCAGGCCACAUUCACUGACAGGGUCUUGUCCCUGUGUCUGAGAUGAGUCUGAACUUGGCAGACGACUGUGCAGUUUAUUUUGCAAACUGGGUUUUCCUGGCUAUACAAACAGUCCUCAGCUGUGAGGAUGCAGACUGGGCUUUGCUCCUAGUGGCACUAAGGUCAGCCCUGAGUUGUGACUGGGAAUCAAGACACAGCCAGUUCAGGAAGGGGAGUGGAGACCAGCUCCUGCCCUCACACCAGAGUUCCUGUUUACACUACCUGGCUAGCUCACCAACAUCCAGCUCACCAGCAUGAUGUAAACCCUCCCCCACCCCGCCUCCCCUGCUCUUGGGAGUUGGGCCAGUGGGUUCAGAGGGAAUUUAAAAAGUAAAGCACUUAACACGUGUCCUUAGUGUCUGUACAGAUAUACUCUCUUCUACUGAAGUUUCCAGGAAGGUCUGUUUUACCAGGUGCGUUUAUAGCAGUCAUCUUUUAAUCUUUUCUGUCCACUGUAUACAACAAAAUGAAGCCUUGAGUUUUCUUGGCCCUCUGGAAGAUGGAAGAUUGCACACAUCUUAUUUCGCCCCACUCUCCACCCCACGAGGCCCCGUAAGAUGACAGUAAAGGGAUUUCUUUAGAAAGCAUAAACCCACAGGAUGGGGAAAAGAAGAGACAGGAAUGAUUAGAAGGCUAGAGAAACAGAAUCCUAAGUACGCAAGGAAAGAUAAGAACAAACCCGCUUUACAACCCCUAUUCCCCGUACACCUUUAACGUGGGAGGAAAGCAGAUGGGACUCCCCAAAAUGAGGGGGUUAACGUGAAGGCUGUGAGUACCUGACCCUCCAUUUGCUUUAGGGUGGGGGCAGGAGGGCCGGGCACCAGCACAGUUGAGGACUAGGAAUGACGUUCCUCAACUUCUCCCACUGAGCUAGCUCCCAGGACCUUCAAGGAGAACCCCCUGGAAAAUCUGACCUCUCAAGAUACCUCUCCUCAGGACCUCAGCUGUCACAGCCAGACCCCCUUAGCUUCUGAAAACCUGCACAGGACUCUAAAAAACGUCCAUUGAAAUGCCAUGGUAAUGUCCAACUGCUACAAGUUUCGUUUUUAAACAAUUCCUAUAUUCUUAGGGCACAAAGGUAAGAGAUUUCAGACACACUGCCCUACUGUGACUAACCUGUGCUCAAUUUCCAGUCUGUUUAAAGUUCUCAACCUUUAAGCAUGAGCCAAGGAUUGCCAGACACUUGAACAAGGAGCCAAGAGAAAGAUGCAGAAGCUUGGAAUGACCCCAGCCACAGCUUGGGAACAGACGGUGCUGCAACCACAACACUGACCCAUGGGGCUGAAAAAUGGUAUUUAUAGAGAAUAAAAAAAGAACACCUGAAAAUCAAAGUUAAACGCAUGGAAGAUGAAAUCAACAACAAAUGGAUACCUGAAUAAUGGGAGAUGUGUGUUUCCAGAUGGAAAGAGCCCAUAGAGCACAAGGGAUAAACACCAGGAUAUGGAAGACAAAGGGAAAAGUCCCAUAAGACUUGUAAAUAAAGCAUUCCCCCUGCAAUGGAAAUGGCCGAGGCAGACACUGGGAGAACCACCUCCCAAAAUCUGAUGUUAUUUCCAACCUGGGAUUUUAGACCCAGCCAAAAAGUAUCUGGGUAGAAUGAAGUUAUUUUCAAAGAUGUGAGGGCUCAAAACCAGAAUUCCCACAUACUCCUUCUCAGGUAGCUCUUGGAAAAUCUGUUCAUCAAAAUGAGGAAGUAAAUUGAAAAACAAGGAGUUGGCGUAGGCAACAAAAGAUGAACAUGUAAGAGAAAUGGUGGUCAGAGGAUUCGGAGACUCUGAAAAUGAAAACUGAUGAAACACAUAAAACAUCUGAACAUCUUCAGAGAUUUAGACAACAGCUGGAGAUUGUUACAUUAACCAAUUCUGCCUAUGUGGUGAAGCCGCCAUAAAAACCUGCAAGAUGGGGUCCUGAGAGCUUCCAGGUGGGCAAACACCCAGAGAUUUGGGGAGACAGCACGGGAGGUCCGCCCCUUUCCCACACCUUGCCCCAGCAUCUCUUCCAUCUGGCUGUUCCUGAGUUAUAUCCUUUUUUAAUAAGCUGGUGAUCUAGUAAGUUAAAAAAAAAAAAAAAAGGAAGCCUAUGAUUUAGACAUGUGGCGACAAAUCCAAAAUUAGAACUCAAAGUAGUUGCUUCUGGGGAGGGUGUGAAAGGGGAAGACUGCUGUUUUUGUAGCAAACCUUUAGGAUGAUUUGGUCUUUAAACAGCUUAUUUACCUUUGGUUUAAAACACUCAAAAUAUUGCUUUUUCAAAACAAUAAAAACAUAUUUAGAAAAUGGAUUCUAGCAUGAACUAUUUAUAGUACAAUUUCAGGCUCUAAAAAGGAUCUUAAAGCCCUAUAGUCAGCUUCUGCCGUACCAAGAUGCCAACUCGGGUCCCAGCAUCUCAUUUUCAGCCCAGAGCCCUGGCCGAGAUGGACAUCGCAUUGUCUUGCCAACAUUUAACAGGUAUGAAACCAAACACCAUCCCCCAUUGUUUGCUGACUCAUCUAUCUUCUCCCCCUGGAGGGGCCACUCACUCCCCGUCCCCCAGCUGGAAAACACACACUGAAAAUGAACUUCAACAACCCAGCAUUUUCAGCUGAGGCAAACAUACAUUAUUUGUUGUUCACGAAGCUCUUAAGAAUUCACAUAGUGCCAGUCAUAUAUGUUUCAAGGAUUUAUUAAGUCAUACAUGCAAAACAUACUGCUAAUUGCAUUAGCAAAAGAUCAAUGUAAAAACACUCCACAAUCCUGCAAUUGUCAAUUUAAAAAAUUUUCUAGUGGUUGAAAGGUCCAACCUUGUAUUCUUGCCAGUGGGUAAGAUGUAGGGAACUCCGUUAGCACGAGCACGGGGCUUACACAACCCCACAGACCCAAGGGAACACUGUUAGGCAGAGCCACGGGAAGCGUGCCUACGCGGGCAUGGCAGGAGUGUCAGCGUUAGUCAGGGUACAGGUCGGUGAUCUGGCAAGACAGUGAUGUUAAGGUUCAUAGUUUAAGAAUAUCUAAAAUAUUUUAAAAACCGUAAAGAUGCAACACAUGAUUUUUACAUCUAGUUACUAGAAAACUAAGGAAAGCACUUAUUAGCUUGAAUAAAGUAACAUGAAAACAGGAAUGCACUUUUACUACUCUACAAAAAAAGUUUCUAAUGCAUUAU